AUGAACAAUAGCGUAAGCAAUUUGUGGAAAGAGUGUGUGAGAUGGCUGGUUAGGGUUCAACUAAUUCCGCCGAACCAUGCCCUGAUGUCGUCAGACUCCCAACUGUCUGACUUUGCAUACUUCCUGAGAGACGGUGUGGCCCUCUGUAACUUGCUCAACAAAUUAAACCCCGGCUGUCUUGACUCCAGGAAGUUCUUUCCUAAAUCUCACAAUUCUCAGUUUCUCUCCACGAAAAAUGUUCAAGCAUUUCUUGAUACAUGUUUGAACUGUUUUCGUGUUGCACCUUGUGACCUCUUUGAACCUGAAGGCGUCUUCAAAAUGGAGAACAUUGGGGAGGUGAAAGACCAAACCAUUAGGAAUACUAAUAACCUCAACACAACUCGUACUAAUAGCAGUUUCAACAACCUAAGAAUUAGUAGUAGUAGUAAUAAUAAUAGUUGUAGUAGUAGCGACAUCAACUGCAGAGAUAGUAGCAGCAGUAAUACUAGUAGUAGUAGUAAUAGUAGUAGUAGUGAAAUUAGUGUUGGUAGUAAUAGUAAUAGUGCUCCGAAAAAGACGGCAUUUGAUUAUUGCAUUGAGGAGUUGAUGAACACAGAAGAGACUUACAUUAAGAAAGUCAUAACAGUCUUGAAAUGUAUCAUGCCUGCUGACUAUGAGGAAAAAAUAUUUUUUGGAAUCGUGAAAUUAUGCAAUAUUCACGAAAGAUUUUAUUGCGAGUUGAAGAUAACGUUGAAUGAAGAUUGCGCCCUAGACAUAGCAGACAUUUUUAUCAAAUUCAAAGAAGAUUUUCUCAUCUAUAGUGACUACUGCCGUAAUCUGGGACCAGCCCUCAAGCUCCUGGCCAAGUUGGAAAAUAGCGACACUAACUUUUUCAGGGCAUUAAAAAAAUGCGAAUCGGAAAUGAAGGCAGAUUUCGGUAAUUUCAUGCUGCAAGACUAUCUCCACUUUCCUUUCCAACGAAUACUCAAAUACCCUUUAAUCUUAAAAAAAUUAGUGAAACUCUCUCGCGAAAAUAAGCAGAAAACAUUGUCAGUCGCCAUAAAGGAAAUAGAGGUUUUAGCAUUGUACUGGGUGGGCAAACUACGACCCAAGAGGCUAUUUUAUGCGGCCUGCGAGGACUUGUUCUUCAAAAAGAAGAUUCUAAACUUGAAAACGUGCGGUAGGAGAGUUAUGGAUGGCGUAGUUAAGUACAAAAUCAUCACCGAUAGCUGCACUGAAAAACGGUAUUUUUUCCUAUUUGACAAGGUUCUCGUCAUCUGCUUACUGAAUCCGAAGAAGUCCGAUAUGCAUAAUUACGAAAUGGAUCUUUCGGUGGAGAAGAUAGAAUGUGGCCCGGACACGAAGAACAAAAAUGUAUUUUACUUGACCAUCACUGAACUGGGUGUGACCUUCACUGUGACCUGCAAGUCAAAGGUCAUGGUCGAUGAGUGGUUGAAAGCUUUUGAAAAAGCCAAAGAGAAUGUUCGGCCGCCUGGUUCUCGAACGAAAACACACAACUUCCAGAUGGAGACAUUUGCUGACAAAAAAAUCUGUGAUAUCUGCAAGAAGCUGCUGCGACCCAUGAAAUCAUUCAGUCGUGAGGACCAAUCAAAAUUGUUGCUAGCAGGGUCUUUUGACGCUCCAGGCAACUAUAACUAUAGCCCACCCUGGUUUGUUGACUCGAUGACGAGGGUGAUGGCGAAAAAGGUUCUCAGUUUCUUCCCAAAUGGAACCUUCCUAAUUAGGCACAGCCAGGCAGGGGAAGAUGAAUAUAGUCUUAAUCUCAAGUAUGGAGAUGAAGUUCAAAAUUUGAAGAUUUCAAACAUCGGUGGUAGGUACGGUUUCGCACCGUCCAGAACGAAUUCGUCACGUAUUACUCUGAAAACAGCUUGGAGUCCGUUUUCUCAUUUAUGA